UGUGGAGUGCAGUUUGAUGGCUGUUGAAUUUCUUGUGUGAGAUCACAAUGUUUGCUACGUUACGCUCCGUUACACGAAUGAAGCGCGCGCUGAAGAAGGCUGACCGAAGCGGUGGUGGUCGGCUUUCGAUUGCCAUUGAAAUUGAAGAAGAAGAGGAAGAUUACUUGAGCACGUUUAUGUGGUAUGGAGAGCCUUACACUCCAACAGGGAACUUUGAGGUGGACUUCUGUGAAUUAUGUUCAAGAGCAGGUUUUCCAACAAUGCAAGUUGUGCCACGGCCUCAUCGUCCACCAACACCUAAUGUCAUACCCCAAGACAACACCCCUGUAGGAAAACUGGAUAAAAAAGAUGAAAAGAAAGAUGAAAGCAGUAAAACAGAAGAAACAGGGAUAGUUGAUGGAAAUGAAAAUGAAGAACCACCAACAACAUUUAAUGUGAAGGAAAAAUACCAUUACUUCAAACCCAGAGUGGAGGUUGAAACUGAAGAGGAGGGGAAUAAGUCACAUAUCAAGGAGAUUUACAUUCGAGGUUGGAAAAUAGAUGACAGAAUCUUAAAUGUUUUGACUGUUACUUUACCACCACUGGAAAAGUUGACCACAAUUGAUUUCUGGAACACUGGCCUUCAGGAUAAUGGUUUGAACACUUUAGCUACUCAUAUUAUCACCCAUCUUCCCAGUCUCAGAACAUUGUGUCUGGACAACAAUCCCGUAACACUUCAAAGAUAUGGAAUCUUCCUUGGUGAAGAAAGCACAGUACAGAACUUGUCCUUGAGGAACUGUUAUGUCAAUGAUAUGGGGGCAAAGAUGAUUGGGAGAGCAUUGACAGCCAACAAGUCACUGACAACCUUGAACUUAUGCUAUAACAAAAUAAGUUGUGAAGGAGCCUCCUGGAUAGCAAAGGGAUUAAGAAUGAACAGAACCCUGCUGUCUCUUAAUCUUGGAAGCAAUCUUAUUGGUGACAAUGGAGCCUCUAAAUUGGCAGAGGUGCUUUCAAGCUUUGCUCUCACUCAUGAGGAAGUUGUGGCAAGGAGACUUCUCAUCUCUAAAAAAUCUCCUGAAGAAGCAGGUAGUCCUUCCAGAAAUUUGAAUGCUCCAACUGGUGGUUCAAAGGACAGGCCAGCCAGUGUUCGCAGUGGUACACAUAUCUCCAAGGAAGACAAAAAGAGCCGAGAGAAAAGGGACGCUCAGAAGAAGAAGGAUACCAAAAAACAAGAAACGGAAAAGGCGAAGAAAAUAGCCUCUACUGAAACCGUCAACAAGGGUGUUGGUAAAGGGAAAAAAGUUAACACAACCAAAGGCGAUAAGAAAGUGCAGCAACCUGAACAAGAGCAACCGGAAGUUGUAGAGUUCCCUAAUCCACUCCUGGAAAACCCCAUCAAGGAAGAGAGUGGUGAAAUUAUUAUCCCUGGAAACAGAGCUCUUAUUAACUUGAACUUAUCGCGGAAUAAAUGCGGUGAAAUCGGAGUGGAGGCUUUUCUUAUUUCUGUACAAAGACAAGCAGAAGUGACGUCCUCAGUUGGAAAACCAACAGGACUUAUGAGGCUAUCACUCAGUAGAAACCUUUUCCCUCCAGAAAACGGUUCUUAUCAAAGGUUGAUGGAAUUAAUGCAGACUCGCGAUCCAUUUUACAAGCCUCCUCAGCCGAGCCCUGUGGAUGAAACUGGCACUUCCACAAAGGACGAGCCGUGACGAGAAAAGAAGAAAGUGUUAAGACCAAAAGACAUUCAGUUCUUCAGCUAAGAUCAAUUUAAUUAAGAGGCCAAUUUUGUUUAGGACACUUGCCUCACCGAUAGACUAAGCCAAGUAAGAAUUUAUGGCGUGCUUCAUUGAAUGUGUUUUGAAUCAACUUUUUUUUUCCAACGAUCAUCGCAUGCCCUUUCCAUUGCUCUUGAAUAAAGUCAUUGUAUUUUACUGUAAAUAAAAUAUUCGUUAAA